AUGGUAGAUAUAUUUCUUAUAACUACUCUUGUUGAAGUUACUUUAUCGAUUGUCAUUUUACUUUUUGCAUUAUUAUAUUCAAUACCACUUUUACUUGUUCGUCGUUUUCGUCAUCAUAACAACAUAUUUAUAAUUAAUAUAUGUUUGGCUACACUUGCUUCUGGUAUAUUUUUUCUUAUUUAUUUUGCAAUGUAUUAUUUUGAUGUUGACCGUUUAUUUGCUCCAAAUAUGUGCAUCGUCUUGUACUAUGGGUACAAUAUAGCGGGAGUAGGAAUACCCUAUGCUUUUGUUAAUUUUACUAUUUAUCGAUUUUGUUCAAUAAUGUAUCCUGCAAAAGGUUUAUUCAAAACAAAAAAAUGGAUAGUAAUAUCUAUUGCAAUUCAAUGGAUAAGUGAAUUUGUUAUUUCAAUGCCAUUCAUUUUUCGACAAGAACCAUAUUGUUCUUAUGAAAUAUGGAUGCAAAUUUAUACAUGUUUGACAGCUGUAUUUGUGCCUUUAUUCAUCAAUAUGGUAUUAUAUGUAUUAAUAUUCCUUCAUGCUCGAUCUUCUUCACGUCGUGUUCAUGCACAAACACUGAGUAUGACAACAAGCAAUAGUGUCAAUAUUCAGCAAGGAUCAAUUAAUCGUCGAGAUAUCUCUUUAUUACGACAAAUGUUUUUUAUAUUUUCUAUGUUCAUUGGAGGAUGGGCACCUGCUUAUUUAUCAUUACUUAUUAGCAAUUAUAUCUACGUUGAUCCAAUUAUUCCUGGGGACGAUGCAAGUAUCACGUUAUCAAGUUUAACGGGAGAGGAGGAGUCAGUCAAUAAUGACAAUUGA